GAGAGAUGGGAUUCUUUAAUAUAGAAAGACUGGAGUCAAAACAAUGCCAUACAUUCCAGUCUCCUUAGUAUUACCCUUGAAAAUGGAUUUCAUGUUACUCAUGGCAACAGCUGCAGGAGCUGUAGCCACACUUGCUGCUGCUGCUGCUGUUACCGCAUUGAUAGUAGUAAAAAGUCUAAGUUUUUUAAAGAAGAGAACAAGUAGGAACGAUGAGAGUAGUAAAAAAAUCAAUUUCAAGACGGAAACAAAUAGGAAACACGGAACACAUAAAGAAUUGGGUGAGAAGGAACAGGAAACACAGGAAGAAGUGAACGAGGAGAAACAAGACAGCCAAACUUUGAGUCCCAAUUCUUGGAGCAACAGCUCAGAAAAGGACGCGGUUCCCAGACGGGAGGCUUCAGCACCAGCUCCCCGACGAUUCGGCGGCGGGAUGUCUGUGGUUGGCAUUGACCUCGGCUUUCUCAACUGCUACAUCGCUGUAGCAAGGAGUGGCGGCAUCGAGACCAUCGCCAAUGAGUACAGCGACAGGUGUACCCCGGCCUGUAUAUCUUUGGGAUCAAGAACUCGAGCCAUUGGAAAUGCAGCUAAGAGCCAGAUAGUCACAAAUGUAAGAAAUACAAUUCAUGGCUUCAAAAAGCUUCAUGGGCGAUCAUUUGAUGAUCCCAUUGUGCAAACGGAAAGGAUCAGGCUUCCUUAUGAACUGCAGAAGAUGCCUAAUGGAAGUGCAGGAGUUAAGGUGCGGUACCUAGAAGAAGAGAGACCUUUUGCAAUUGAGCAAGUUACUGGAAUGCUGCUGGCUAAACUUAAAGAGACUUCAGAAAAUGCUUUGAAGAAACCAGUGGCAGACUGUGUGAUUUCAAUUCCUAGCUUUUUCACUGAUGCUGAGAGAAGAUCUGUGAUGGCUGCAGCCCAGGUUGCAGGUUUAAAUUGUUUAAGGUUGAUGAAUGAAACUACUGCAGUUGCACUAGCAUAUGGAAUUUAUAAACAGGAUCUUCCCCCACUGGAUGAGAAACCAAGAAAUGUAGUAUUUAUUGAUAUGGGACAUUCUGCCUACCAGGUCUCCGUUUGUGCUUUUAACAAAGGAAAACUUAAAGUCUUGGCUACUACCUUUGAUCCAUAUUUGGGUGGCAGGAACUUUGAUGAGGCUUUAGUAGACUACUUCUGUGAGGAGUUCAAGACCAAAUAUAAGAUAAAUGUGAAAGAAAAUUCUCGGGCUUUGUUGCGUUUAUAUCAGGAAUGUGAAAAACUGAAGAAGCUAAUGAGUGCAAAUGCAUCAGAUCUUCCACUGAACAUUGAGUGUUUCAUGAAUGACCUUGAUGUUUCUAGUAAAAUGAACAGGGCUCAAUUUGAACAGUUAUGUGCUUCCCUCUUCACCAGGGUUGAGCCACCAUUAAAAGCAGUAAUGGAACAAUCUAACUUGCAACGUGAAGACAUAAGUAGUAUAGAAAUUGUAGGGGGAGCAACUCGAAUUCCUGCAGUGAAAGAACAAAUCACUAAAUUCUUUCUUAAAGACAUAAGUACCACAUUAAAUGCUGAUGAAGCUGUUGCAAGAGGAUGUGCAUUACAGUGUGCGAUUCUCUCACCAGCAUUUAAAGUGCGUGAAUUUUCUAUAACAGACCUUGUUCCCUAUUCAAUCACAUUAAGAUGGAAGACCUCUUUUGAAGAUGGAACUGGGGAAUGUGAAGUAUUCUGUAAGAACCAUCCUGCCCCAUUUUCAAAAGUCAUUACUUUCCACAAGAAGGAACCAUUUGAACUAGAAGCAUUUUAUACUAAUUUACAUGAAGUGCCUUAUCCUGAUCCAAGAAUUGGGAGCUUCACUAUUCAGAAUGUUUUUCCUCAGUCUGAUGGUGAUAGUUCCAAAGUGAAGGUUAAAGUUCGUGUUAACAUCCAUGGAAUCUUCAGUGUGGCCAGUGCAUCAGUAAUUGAGAAGCAAAAUGUGGAAGGGGAUCACAGUGAUGCUCCUAUGGAGACAGAAACUUCAUUUAAGAAUGAAAGCAAAGACGAUGUGGAUAAAAUGCAAGUUGACCAAGAAGAAGGAGGGCAUCAAAAAUGUCAUGCUGAACACACCCCAGAAGAGGAAAUUGAUCAUACAGGAACCAAAACAAAGUCAGCUCCCUCAGACAAACAAGAUCGAUUAAACCAGACUAUUAAAAAAGGAAAAGUCAAGAGUAUUGAUCUGCCUAUUCAGAGUAGCCUGUGUAGACAAUUGGGCCAAGAUCUUCUCAACAGCUACAUUGAAAAUGAGGGGAAGAUGAUAAUGCAAGAUAAAUUAGAGAAAGAAAGAAACGAUGCUAAGAAUGCUGUUGAAGAGUAUGUGUAUGAUUUUAGAGACAAGCUGGGCACGGUCUAUGAAAAAUUCAUCACUCAAGAAGACUUGAAUAAACUGUCUGCGAUAUUGGAAGACACAGAAAAUUGGCUUUAUGAAGAAGGAGAAGACCAACCUAAACAAAUUUAUGUGGAUAAGCUUCAAGAACUAAAGAAAUAUGGCCAGCCUAUUCAGAUGAGGUACAUGGAACAUGAAGAGAGACCAAAAGCUUUAAACGACUUGGGAAAAAAGAUUCAACUUGUUAUGAAAGUGAUAGAAGCAUACAGAAACAAGGAUGAAAGAUACGAUCACCUGGAUCCUACUGAAGUGGAAAAAGUUGAAAAAUAUAUCAGCGACGCCAUGAGUUGGCUGAACAGUAAGAUGAAUGCACAGAACAAACUAAGUCUCACUCAAGAUCCUGUGGUGAAAGUUUCAGAAAUAGUUGCAAAGUCAAAGGAACUGGAUAAUUUCUGUAACCCCAUCAUUCACAAGCCCAAACCGAAAGUAGAGGUUGCUGAAGACAAAGCAAAAGCUAAUAGUGAACACAAUGGACCAAUGGAUGGACAGAGUGGGACUGAAACUAAACCAGAUACAACAAAAGACAGCUCCCAGCAUACUAAAUCUUCUGGAGAGAUGGAAGUGGACUAAGUCUUAAUUUUACCUUCACAUAAUUCAAACAGUGCAAGCAACCAUAAGGUCCAUUCUUCCUUUUACAUGUGGUACACACAACAUAUGUUCCGUUGUUCUUAACCACUUUUUGUCAUUUGUUUUUUGGAGUAGUUUUGAAAAGUGUUCUGUAUUGAGUGCACCUCUGUUCAUUUCCAUUGCUGCUUAUGUGAAGCUUUAGCUGAGUAUAGAUUUACAAGUCAGUUUUAGCUUUCUUAAUACAUGUUCUAUCAAACAUGCGAGACUGAUAUGUAUUUGGCAACAAUCUACCUUAUUUAAAGCUUCUCCUUGGAUAAACCUCAGCUCCUGUAUUCAGGAGAGGAUACUGUAUUGCACUAUUGUUGCAGAAGCGUAGAUUUAAUUGCAUCAUCAUUUUGAAAAACAUUGAAAUGGAUGUGGUUUAAAGCCACUGAGGCACUGACUUUUUUUCUAGUUAUUGUAGUUAUAAUUUAAAUAUUAAAACAGAUGAUCUCAUUGGUAUGCAAUGAGAACUCCAAAGUAUUGUCAUCACAUAAAUGAAAUAAAUCACAUGAAAGGGAAACACAAUUUUUAUGUUACAGUGACACCAGCAGUUUGCAUCUUUUAUUAGUAAUGUGGAUUGAUGUUUUCUGAGAGUAAUUCAGUGUCAUUUUCACUUGAAACUUCUGAUCUACUUGUCCUGAAGACCAGCUGCUGCUAAAGUAAUACUAGCCUAAAGAUAAGAAGCAUUAUUGAUGAAAAUACCUUCAUGUUAAGGGGGAAAUUCUGUUGACCUACUCAGACAUGCAUCUGUGAUGUUGAUAGCCUUGUUUCAGUUUUAAUAGUUGUUUUGGUUUUCUUAAUUGAUUUUGUUAAUAACACAGGGUAGGGAGAAAUGGGCACAAUGUGUAUCGCAUUAUAUACAUUUAUCACUGAUUUACUUAAUGUUAAGAAGUAGAUAAACACUAUUAAAUAAGCGGUAAUACUUGAAAAGAAGUACUUUUACCGUUAAGUCUUAGGAAAUAAUGCUUGUAAUAAACUUAACUAUGUUACAUAUCAACAGGCAAAAUAUAGAAUGUUACAUAAGUGUAAUAUGAUAUGAUGUGAUUAAAUUAUAGUUCCUGCUGUUACAUUACCUGUUCAGAUGUUGGCUCCAGUUUUGGUGCUUCUUAAAUAUAUUACAUGGGACAAAGGACUGUGAAAUUAAGAUAUUUUAAGCACUUAAAUCUGUGCUCCAUCACCAGACUUGUUCACAUUGUUCAGUUCCUUCCAGAAGCUUGAAACUAAAUUUUAAGUAUGGGAGCAGACUGAAAUGACUUUGCAAACCUACAAGAAGCAUAGACAAUGCCAUGGGCACUGGUGUUUCAUGCCAAUCAACUAGAUUAACCUAAGUUAAAAUUUUGAAAGGCUCACUUUUCCCCCAAAGCUAACCCUUUAUAUUAAUACUGACUUUUCUUAAGUAGUAAAAAUUGAGAGUUGAAUAUCUUUAGGGAUAGUCAUUAUUUCUCAGAGAUAGUUCUCGUAAGAGAGAUUUUGUUUCUACAAUGUAGUCUGCACUGAAAGGGAGAGUAUGGAGCAGUGCAUUUUGCAGGGAUUUUUAUUCAUCCUUUUUGAGGGAGAUGUCCCUUUUUUGCAUUAAAAAAAUCAUAUAGACCCAACAUAUUUUUAAUGUCUUCUAGUCUUCAAACUUGUCUUAAUACUCUAAAGGUGAACUAAUUAUACCCAUUAAUAAUGAAGUACUUUUUUUUUCUUUAAAGCAGUUAUUUUUCCUUUAUAGAUUAAAUAUGUAGGUUCAUUUCAGGAAGAGCAUCAAAGAUAGAAAGGAAUAUUUCAACAGUAGACAUUAGGGAGGUUAUAGCUUUUACUGGAGUUACAAGAAAAUCUCCAGGAACUUCAUUAGGAGCUAUAUGGCCCCAUAAAUUCUUGUAGACAAAUGAGGAAAUAGCCCUUUCUGCACCUGAAUUGCCUAAUUAUACUUGAUAUUUUCUGUUCCUUCUUUUCAGUUCAUGUAGCUCUGUUUUAGUCAAAGAUAUUUAACAUUCUAAUUCUUGCAGUUAUAUAACACUUAACAAAGAUGAUAUGUAUAACUUUUCCUACUCAUUCAACUUAAAUAUUUUCAAAAGCCCUUUAACCUUAUGAUGUGGUUAUUUAUCAAGUAUAUUAAUAAAGGAAAAUAUGUUCUCCUUAAUACAGUUUUGGGUAGAAGGCAUGGAUCAGUUUAAUUUUAAUCACUGAAAUAUGUUCAGUACUAAACAUAAUUUUUUUCAGAAUAAAAGGCCACUAUUUUAGAAGUUAUUUUAAAAGACAUAAAAAAUUAGAAUGUUUUCCUAUAAUCAAAUAUGAACUAAGUAUGUAGAAAAUACCUAGGAUGAUUAAUAAAUAUAGAUUAGUACACUCUGGAAAAGUAUAAAUUGGUUUCAGAAUCCAACUCCUGAUAGUCAAUAAUACUGUGAUUUU